GUCCUUCGUCGUCCGCGAACAUCCGCGGUCCACCUGGAUCGACCUGGAAAAGGGAUUUUGAAACGCACCUUUCCCGAAGCACCAUGCAAUUUGUGUCGGUUCCGUUGAAAAGUUUAUUUUAGAGUCAAUCUACAUUCCAUACGCCAACAUCGCAACCACCGUGUCCCACCGUUUAACCGACGCGCACAACAUGACAGACACGCGAAAGUUUAUUAUCGCUGCGGUAGGCAUUUUCGUGUGCUACUUUUACUUCGCCAUCCUCCAGGAAAAGAUCACCCGAGGACGGUACGGGGAUGAGCUGCAGGACGAUGGAUCCAAGGGGGAACGGUUCACCUACAUGCUGGCGCUCGUCGGCGUGCAGUGCAUCUGCAAUAUGGUGUUUGCUAAAGUGUUGCUGUUAGCGAAACCACAGCCCGUGGACAACACACCGAAAACGUACUACGCUAGUAGUGCCCUCACGUACCUGUUGGCGAUGAUCAGCUCGAAUAUGGCCCUGCGAUGGGUGGCCUACCCGAUGCAGGUCGUUGCCAAGUCAGCGAAACCGAUUCCCGUUAUGCUGCUCGGUGUGUUGGUGGGGCGCAAGAGUUACUCGAUACAAAAGUACCUGUUUGUGCUGCUGAUCGUCAUCGGAGUGGUGCUGUUUAUGUUCAAGGACGGCAAACCGAACAGUGGGUCGGCACUAGAGCACGAGGGGCUGGGUCAGUUGUUGCUGAUUUUAAGCCUCUCGAUGGACGGGCUGACCGGUGCAAUACAGGAGCGCAUGAGAGCACACAGUGCUCCGUCCGCCCAGUACAUGAUGCUUGCGAUGAACAGUUGGAGUUCGCUGUUUGUGUCCUUCGGUUUGUUGCUGAGCGGCGAAGGCAAAGAGUUUAUCCUGUUUGCUUCUCGCCAUCCGCAGCUUUUUACGCACCUUUCACUGCUCGCAGUGACCGGGGCGCUCGGCCAGCUGUUCAUCUUCAUGAUGGUGUCCUCGUUCGGUGCCCUGGCCUGUUCCGUGGUGACGACGACGCGCAAAUUCUUUACCGUACUGUUUUCCGUACUGUUUUUCGGCAAUACCCUAUCCGGUCGCCAGUGGGUAGGCGCCGUGCUAGUCUUUGCCGGGCUGUUUGCCGACAUGUUCUACGGUAAGAAGCCUCCGAGCAAAGCUCCGGUAUCAAAGGCUAAAAGUAAAAGUGAAACGGAAGAGCUGAUUCGCUAACGCUGCUAACCAACCAACUGUCGAGCGCGGACUUUGAAGUGUGGAUUAUUUUUUUAUGUUCCUUUUCAACUACACAUCCACUUUGCAGCGCUUAAAGAUGCUCCCUCCAGUAAUGCCUGUGGCGCCGUAACAGUUCAACCGGAAGAUAGUGGCAAUCCAGAAGAGAAUAAAGAUCUAAAAUCUAGCGAUUCAUUAUAAA